UAUCGUGAUUUUUAUGUCAUGUUCAAUAAAUGAGUUUUAAAAUACCUUCGAGAUAUUACUUCCUACCUAUCCUGAAAGCAAUAUUCCACUGCAGAUGCAACCGCAGGCGUAAUAGAUCAUUCAUCGAUUCUUUCAUAAUGAGUCACGCGUUAAUACAUAAGUACAGACAGGGUUGUUCAUUAAACGAUGACCAGCAAAGACCGUGCCGCGAUAUCAGAGUUACGCGGAAUUAUUAUGAUUCAUGAUUAGGUGAUUCGCGUUGAUUCGUCAUUAGCGUAUAUAUCACCGAUCGGAAUCUCGAUCGCUGAAGAUACGAGAGGAAGUUUCUACUUUUUCAUUGAACCAGUUUCGAAACUUUGCAAAAUUGAACAAAGUUACUUUCCCAGAGUUCGAUAAACCUGACCUACGGACGUAACAACCUUUGACUUGUUUCCUGGGUUCAGGAAUUGAAAUUCGGCCGAUCGAUACCGUAUAAUAUUCAAACUGCACAGCGUUCGAUUUGAAUUUUGAGUUGAGAGGAUAAAAGCCUCGAGUUUCGAGAAUAUUCCUCUGUCAUGAAUCUGCGAAAUUUCGUGAAGUUUGAAAACAGAGUGGGAAGAAUGCUGCAACCUGUGUUUUCAAUUAAAUUCGUCGACGCAACGAAUCGUACCCUGACAAUUUAAAUCGUUCUGCAAUAUUCGCAUUGCGAGAUCGGUUACCGUGAAAUCUCUUAUCGGUUCACCUAUUGUCAUUGCGUGAUAAAAAUUGACAGGUAAUCGUUAAGCGUUCUAACGCAAUCGGAUUUACGGUUGUUCGAUAAGCGCCUUGAAUAAGAAUUAUCCUUCGAGUAAAUCAAUUUCGCAAAGCGUAGCCACGGAAUAAGCAAACAUAUAGUUAUUGUUUCUACUCGAAUGAAGAAAAGGAAGCUGCGCCAAAGUUAUUGGAAACGCGAUAUCGCGGGAUAUCGAUACUCUCGCGGUUUAAUUCCGACGUCUAGUCGAAGGAACAAUCGCGAAAAUCUUGAAAGAACCUUAUAAUUUAUCAUGGCAUGUCUCAUUAUCAAGAUCCGUGGAACAAUCGCGAAAAGUAUGAAAGAUAAGGAGGAUCGAUAUGAGUAAGAGAUCCGAAGCUACCCGCGUACGUACGCAAGUACGUGACAUUGUCAAUAAAAUCUCUGUCCCUCGGCUGCGUUAUCAGUAAAAUUUUUUGCAAGAUUAAACCGCGAUAUCGAGCUGGAACAAAGAGAAAAUGCCAGGACCGAUUUUCCUCCUUUCUCCCACCUUUCGUCGAACGAUUCUUUGGUUGGAAAUUUUAUCGAACACCUCCGAGAACGGAACGAACGAGGCUUGAAACGCGAGUCGAGGAUCUUUACCCACGGAAUGCGCGUCUGGUUACGCCAAUGCUUUCCGCGAAUGGAAAUUUCCACGCGACGCGACGCGGGGACUCGACUCGUACGAUUGCUGGUGUGUCAUUGCCUGACUUAUUAAUGCGAAAAUUGCAUCGGCAAAAAUACCUGGCGCCUCGCGAAACGUCGCUAACAGGAAAGAGAAAUAAAAUCGCGUGCUGCGUCGAUAUCUCCGAUUCGUCCACGAUGGCGCCUUCCGGUCUCGAGAUCGGCGCGCUUCGCGAAUUUCCGAUCCAGCGCGAUCGUUCCUCAGCCGCUAAUCAAUUCGUCGCGGUGGUCCGCGAUGCAGGAAGGAACGGAAACGACACCCACGGCUUGAUAUCGCGUUCCGAAUUCGUCCAAACGCAUCUGCCUGUAUAUCGGUAUUCUCAGAGCCUCCACCUACACUCCGCUUUCGCUCUCUAUCGUCGUCCGUUACGCGAUAGGAUACGCUCUAUCCUCUUCGUUCUAUCGAGCGACGAUUUCUAGCGACCGUAAAGUACGCUGCGGUUCAGAAUGAACAGGCUCGGCCUUGGAACGGAGAGCACCCUGUCCUUGGCCGAACGAGAGUGUCGACCGGUGAUACAUAGCGCCGAUGCAGGAUCGAAAGGUAGUCGCGGGAGUUGCGUUAACGAUGUCUCGAUUCAACGGUAUUUCAAGCCGCUUUGCGUACAAACAAACAAAUUACUUAACUCGAAAUUGGGUCUAUUUAGAGAGACCGAGCCUCCGAGACCUUGCUAUUCGUAGAGCGACCGACUACGCCGGUGCGAGGCUACCGAGGGACCGAGGAAAUAAUGAAACACAGGUAGAACGCAGUUCGGCAAAGAAUUCAGGUCGAUGGACUUUCUGGCUAGUACGGAAUAGGGUCGGUGAUCAAUACGUUCGCGCGACAAUACUAUUUCUAACUCGGUACGAAUUAUUCUUAGAAUGCAACUGUUCUAGCAUUCGUGCGAUCAGCACGCGACACGACCGAUCAAUCUACAGGAUCGUGAUUUAUCCGGUUGUUUGUAUUCGAGAAGACAACCGCGAAGAUCGAGAGAGCGAUCGAACCUCUUAGCACGUCGCGACUCAUCGUGACGAGAUCCCACUCGAGACACUCGAGACAAUAAAUUCUUGAACAAACGAAACUCCGUUCCGGAAAAUCGUGCUAAUCAAGGACGUGUUACACUUACUUUACUAUCGAUACUAUGUAGCAGGAAAUCCUUGAUCCUCGAACCUCGCCAAUGUCGGUUUCAGCGACGAACUUGCGAACAACUUUUAUAAUUAGAAAUUUCUUUCACGCGAUUAUGCGAUCGUACGCAACGUUCAUGUUUACGUAGACGAAAGUUGAAAAACAAAUUUUCGUCAAAGCAAUAUCGGGGAAGAAAAAAGAUUCGUUAAGAAUUUUCCGUUAUCGUCGCACAAUUGGCAAGAGAAUUGUAAUGAAUUAUGUCUUCGAUGCCCUUCGGGUUAUCGGAAAGGUUUUAUCGUUACGAGGAGGAAGCAUCGUCGAUGCCCGGCCAAGAGACGCCACUUAUUUCUGUUCUUAUCAGGAUAGUUGUUAAUAAUAAUAAUGCACGCCUAUUGACGGUCGUUCGACGAACAGUAAUACGGUAAAGAAGUUAUGCUGCGUCGGUGAAGAAAAUUUGCAACUGGCAAUAACAUGUUUGUCGUCCAUCGAUAUCGAUGGCUACUUUAGUAGGAAACGGAAUUGAUUUCUAUGCGAAUCUAUCCAUAUACGUAACAGCCGUACUAUUUCCGUGCAUUUGUCUCCAGUUUGCUUCUGAUCUUUGAAUUAGUCAUAGCAACUCUGAUCUCGCCAAAUAAGCAAACAAGAGUUCUGUUUACGCAUUUAAUGCUUUUAUUCUCGUCGCAAUCGUUACAAAACCGACAGUUGUUUUCAAUCACGUGCCGAUCACCCGAUUAGUUCGAUAACCGUGAUAAUUGUAUUCGAAUAAGAAUGCUAUUGACAUUCGCUCGCCUUCGAACGAUCGUCAAUUCUCUUAAGAAUAAAAAGGGCGAAGAAACUGAACGCAUCUCGCGAGAGCGUUGCAAUGUUUGCGGUGUCAAUGUUAAAUACAAGAGACAGGUAGACAGGGUUUUUGGCCGUGCAUCGAGGGAUAGCGUGACUUCGAAGAAACUGACACAGAUUUCUAGGAAAUACCGACUAACUAACAUCCGUCGUUUUCCCGGAUGCGACUAAACCGGGCAAGUUUGACGCACAAUUGACGCUCGGUGUAUCGAGAAUCGGUUGGACGACAGCCUGGGUUUAGAAAUAUUUGACAGUGGCUUGGUAGCAUGCAAAGAGAGCGUGAACGUGCGAUCGGCAUACGCGUCUGUACUUAUAAGUAAGUCACCGCGUCUACCUUGUUAUUUUCGGCGUAAAACCGACGCAGGUCGUGGCAAAGAGAGGCGCCUAGGGAUCGCGACGCGUCGUCUCGACACCCACGUGAGUAUUUCUACAAGUACACUGUCACGAUCGCUGCCAAAUCGUGGCAGUUCAUCGGCAGAUUGGCCCGAGGCAACAGGGAAUCCAACGUGACGCCAGGAGUUAACGUCAUCUACGUAGGUGCAACCGCGAUCGUCAAAGGUCGGCUCGCGUUUAUAAUAGAUACACGAGCGACACUUUUCAUCUUUUUUAUCUUUGAAUUCUAAACUGGCUGCGAAAUAUAAUCGCAAAAUUCCAGGUACACCUUUACGCAGCUGCAGAAUCGUUCUCCUAUGACCUAUCCUAAUCCUACCUCAUCCAUAUGCAUGCCGGAGAAGAAGAUAUCGACAAAGCUGAUUAAACGCGUUCCUCGCUGUAACGCGAAUGGUUAAAUUUAGACGAACGUUUGCCGUAUUACGCGCCAUAUGAAUCAGGUAUGAACGAAACGAUCGCGUGGACAGACGCGGAGAUGCGGAUGACUCGAGUCAUUUAAAAUUCGCCUGUUGCGAAUGCUGCUGGAAUGCAGCUGCAUGAUAGUUUCGUGGUAAGAAAAAGGACUGUUUAAGGGGCGCUGUCCACCCUUGCUGCGAAUGAUCGAAACGUACGCAGUUGGCGCGACAAUUCCAUCUGCUUGGCAUCUGACACCUUGAUUGGCGCGCACGCGAUACUAUUCGAAUCGCGAUACCAAUAUCGUUCGCAAUCGAUUCGCCUUCCUAAUUGUGCAAAUCGAAUGACUCCGAUGGCACAAUCGAUAAAGCGCGUACAGAUCCUUAGCUCGAUAUUGAAUUAGUGGCAUCGCGCGAAACAUCUCGAUCGCGAUACACGCGAGGGAACGUUUUAAAAGAAAAUAUGAUAGCGUCAGUAUGAACGACAUUUGCAACGGCUGUUAAAAAGAUGUAACAUCGUAGAAGACGGUGAUUCGAUCGCGCAAAGAUCAGGCUCGAUUUAGAUAACCGAUGUUGUUUUUAUAGCGACAAAUUUGAUUGUGCAUUCGCGUAUCACGCCGCUAGCAGGACACCGAUCAUGAACAGCUCUGGCACGGUUUAAACCGCGAUAAAUUCCUGACGCGACUCGUCUUUAUUGCCAAAUAUUCGCGCAAAUAGACGCGCGCAAGCGCCCAAAUAAUCAUCUGUCAAUUAUUUCGGUAACUUGUAACAAUUUAGUCGAUGCAUUUGGAAACGUGACGAUCGUUUUCGCGUCAUAGUUUCAAAUGUAUCGCGCGUAUGACGAACCGAUCUCAUUCGAGAUUCGAUCGACCUUGAUACGAGAUCUUGGAUUCUCAGCAAGGACGAUAUCCAUCUGGAUGGAAGUUCUCUGCUGCCGUCUGCCGAGACCGAUUCGCUUUUUCAAGGGAAACCAGUCUUGGCCGGGCUUCUGUAUCGGUUUUCUACCCUCCAUACAGAUGUCGGUGUAAGGUUUUGCCAUCGACCGGUUACCGACCAGUUAUGCGGCAGUUUUAAAGUCUAAAACUGCGCACUUGCCAGCGUUUUGUUCUCCAGUUAUUUCCUGUCCGAUCUCGUUAGUUGUUAAAUGAAUUUUUGAAUUCUCGGUCGUUCAAAACGUCCAAUGAUUCGACGGAUUAUUAGACGAUGACACGAUACUUGCUAUUUAGCCGCGGACCACGCACGUUUUAUCGUCACGCGUGAAUCUUUCCGGAUAGACGAUAUUUUCAUCCGGCUAUAAAUACUACAUUCAACGGUCAGCGAAAACCGCGAUAUGCAUUCGAUGCAGAUGCUUGAAUAAUCUCGAUUUCGUUUCGUUUCGUUUUCUUUUCAGCACGGUUAACGAUCGCUCUUGCCUGAAAGAGUGUUACGCGAUCGAAUGGGAUCCUUCUAACGAGUAUUCACAGUUAAAUUGAAAGAAAAGAAAAAGUGACGCUUACUCGCGAUCAAGCGUGUCUGGCUUUUUUCAUAAUUUUCAUUGGUACAAAUGAAAAUUUACUGAAUGAGAGCUGCACCAGGGCUCCCACCUUUCUGCCGUAUCUACGCCGUACUCAAAUGACACUGAAAGCACGGAUGCAGAGAGCUCCGACCGACCGAAAUCAAUACCAUGUUGGCCUACUACGCCGUGGCCUUCUUUUCAGCUAAAUCCAUUUGCCGCGGAACACGAUAAUAACCAAUAUGCAUGUCCCCACGAACAUCCGUCAAGCAUAUCUUGUUAAAGAAAUUCUCGAGAAACCACGUGUCUCUGAUAUUAACUUAUGUAAUUAUCAGCCUUUUCAACACGCGGAUACGUCAUCCGUAAAAUCUUAUGUCUAGCCGUUAAAUUCGUCGAGUGGACUCUUCGUUCGUCGCUUUUAACGUUUGCGCGUUAAUCGACAAAUUUGUAUAAUGACAAAAUAAUUAUUGAUGGAUAAAAAAAGAACCAGACGAGUUGCACUAACCGGAUCGAACGCUUUCAAUCGUUAACGCUAAGCCUUACGCGGUAAGGUUUCUCCGGGGGGGAAACGAAAUCGAGAGGAAAUCCGCAAGGAAGAGUAACCAAUUAACUGUUCGACGAGUAAUCUGUCAAAGGUAUUAAUUAAUCCGAUUGGAUCCGGGUGUGAAAUUAAUACGCUCUUGUCAUUUGACGAAGAAGAUUAUAUAUGAUCGUUGAUCGUGUACCUUAAAGAUAUACACCGAUGUACACUUACAAACGGUUAUUAUCCUUCCGUGCACUAUCGAUCUUGGUCAAAGAGUUGGAUGGGCAGGAACGACGCAAUAACAGGAACGUCGUCGCGACGUCCUGGCGCCCGCGACUAUGUCCGUGAUUCCUUUUAUAACAGCGAAUCCACGUCUAGUAUACCAAACAACGUAAUAAAUCUAAAGCGAUCUUUAAGAGCAUUUUAUUUUUAAAUAAAGACAAUCAGCUCUUUUUACCAGCUGCCUUUAUGUUUUUUUUACUAAUUUGCAAUUGAAUGGAAUCAUUCAUUCGUGCGAAUGCAUUCAAAUCGUGUUACACGUGUUUUACCCUAUUACCAAUUGAUGUUUUAAUUCAACGUGUGAAACCGAUAGCGAUACCCUUCGUUCAACGAAGCGGAUAUAUUGAAUAAUGCUUUACAUCCAGUUUUAUUCCAUACCGUCGACGAGUGUAUUAUUAGAACGCUGUGAAUAAUUACGUCGGCUAGAAGUUUGCACGCUCAUUAUCUGCUAAUUGUCAGGUUUCAUCGAGGUUACGCCAAUAUAGCGAGCUAUCAAUAUAUUCUGAUAAUUAGAAUAACCUAUAUAUUUAGUUAUAUUAAUACCAUGGCGGUAAUGCGUUGAGGUGUCAGAAUUAUAAGGUAAAUGAUCGUUCAACUUACCUUUUCGACGUCUUCGGCUAGAAUGUUCCUUCGUACAUGCUUACAGGUUUGCUCCGAGAUCGUUGAUGCUUCAAAACAAAACAAACCCUCAAGAUCGUGUGUACUUCGGCGAUAAUUCCUUUGGGCCAGACAUGCCAGUAGUUUGUUGUCCUUCGUCGAGACUGUAUCGCGAUAUUAAAUAUCUACGCACCUUUCAUCGCGUACUUCUCAACGUGUACCGAAAUUACGAUUUUUCUAAUUAGUUCUUUCCCGCGCGAACGAUCGUAAUGUCAACGCCAUGUUAUUUUAUUGUUAUUCGAAAGCAAUUAACUUGAUGACAUCUAUGGAUGAUUUUGAGCUCUUCGAGAAAUUUGAAGUGUUCGUUGAUUACCGACCGAGCCGCUAGGGUGUCGCUCGAGCGAUAAAACACGCGACGAUCGUAGUGCUGGAAAGAAACCCUUAUGCACGUUUUAUCGUUUAAACUCGCACUUUCGAGUUCUUCCCGCGCUCGUUCACCGUGCUCGUGCUUCGGUUCUCGUUCUUUCGAAUCUUUUGGAUAUUUCCGGGUGAAAAUUGUGCGAUUUAAUACACGAACAGUGCAAGUUGACUAAGUUUUAAACUCAGUUGUGGAUUAUUCGUCGAAGGUGAUGAAGAAUCCGUUGAAGAAAGAAGGUUAAAUUUUCACCGCGUCUCCCACCACAAUGGCGGCCAUUCUUGUCAUGGCAGCAAGCGGGAAAGGAGACGGAGAGGACGGAAAAGACGCGGGAAAAAGAAGGGACAAGGAAGGGGUGAAAGUGUCGUGGAUAAAGAGGGUAGAAGAGGCGGGAACGGAGGAUAUCGGACUGCUCUAUCUAUGGUCCCGGCUUCAUGGUGAAUACGAAUGAGCUGCUGGUCGAUCGGGCUGAAGCACUAAUUGAGAAAGUUCGCUGGUACCGCCGCUGGUGUUUCCUCUGGAUGAAGAUAGCCGACCACCUCUGGGGGAAAGUGGAGAGAAGAGAAUGUGGACGAGAUUAAGCAGAAAGGCAGAGUCGAAAAGCGUCGGCUAGUUAGGCGAGGAGGUCGGUUACGGGAACGACGCGAAAAAGUGCGCGUUACCUCGAUUCGACUCCCGUAGGACUGCACCAGGUUGCCUCUUCGAGGAUCUUGGAGGAGGCGAAAGAUCGGGCGACGAUCAACAAGACAACUACGAUGAACGUCUGAAAUAACGACGUACCAGAUUAAUUAUCACCAUGAGAACGUUGCUGAUUCUAGCGAGUAUUUUCCUGGAAAUACAUCUUCAUUUCACCGGUAGCCAAGCGGAGCAUCAGCGAUCGUUAAGCAGCGGUAACGAAGUGGUGUCUUCAAAGGAAUCCGAGGACAAGAACGAGGAUGUCAUCGAAGGGCCAGUCAGGGAAGUCCUCGCUCAUAGCGGAAGUACUGCAAAUCUGCCGUGUAAAAUCACCGAUCCAGGAGCUGGAACAAUUACAUGGGUGAAGCACAAAGGUAGACGGUUACUAACCGUUGGCACGAGUGUCCACUCGAUCGACAAUCGACUUCUCGUGAUGCAUUCGAGUACCGAUUGGUCACUUCAGAUACGAGCAGUUACUCUUCAGGAUGCUGGUAUAUACGAGUGUCAGAUUACAUCGCAUCCGGUGCAGCGUAACUUCGUGCACUUGAAAAUCACGGAAGCGUACUCGAUCAUACCCGGUGCGCCUGAUUUACAUGUGAAGCAAGGCUCGAGCCUUCGGUUGGAGUGUCAACUGAUGGCAGCCGCGGAAUCGCCCCUUUACGUCUUCUGGUAUCGCCAGGGUCACAUGAUCAAUUACGACGAGGAGCCGGGGGUGAAUGUCGAGCUCACCAAGGGUGGAUCGAUUUUAAUGGUCAACAAAACGAAGCCGUCGCACGGAGGAAAUUAUACCUGCGCGCCGAGUAACGCCAAGCCGGCGUACGUGAUGGUACACGUGAUCGAAGAGGAGGAGAAACCGGCGGCGAUGCACGGAGGCGACAGAAGGAACCUUAGCCCAGCAAUUUUGGCGAGUAACUUUCUAGUGUCCCUCUUGGCGGCCGCCAGCUGGAGGAUACCGAGUUUCACCAGCCUUUACCCGACGUGAAUCACCGUCGAACUUACGGGAAUGGACGGUGUUAGCCGUGCCCGCACCGCCGCGCCGCAACCCGGUUCAUCUUCUUCCGCAAGCACGAGUUCCGCCGAUGGUCGACCGGAUCACCGGCGCUCGUCUUUCCAGCUGUAAUUCCGAUCGACCCAACGAGGACGUGUCCUUGCCCCUCGACGUCGACGGGGAAACGUCGUCGAGGCGUGCUCGUCGGUGUGUGCAAACGUGAAAAUUACCAAUCGACCGCAUCGUUUAUCGAACGAUCGUUUCGCGCGAGGACCGGACCGUUUUGCCGAGUGUCUGUCGUGACAGAGAAACCGGGGACUGUGGUGCGGUCUACUCGAUCGCAACCCUCCAGGACUUUAGCCACCCAAGAAUCCUUUUGUGUUCCCUCUCCUCUCUGUCUCGCAUCCCUUUUAAUCUCGCAAUUUCUUUGCCUCUAGCAACGCGGCCGCGGCCGGAACAACGCGGCCGCGGCCGGAAUAAAGAUUAUCCUUCGUUCUGGAAUUGAUCUAACGCAUUGGCGGUAAAACACAUUUCGCUUUUAACGCAUCGCGAAUGUGUUCCUCUUCCCGUUCUCUCCUCUUCGACGACAGAAAAUCCCCCUUUGCAUUCGAGCACGGCCUUUUACUCGUUAGUAUACAUAUAUUUUCCGGUGUGAACGAUCACGGGUGAAAACUAUUUUUCUUCGUACGUGAAUCGUACGUAUAAUCAGUGUACACGUAUACAUUAUGUUCGUUACAUACGCGGUAAGCGUAUAUGUAUGUAUACACAGGUAGGGUGUAAGUUAUAUACGUGGACUCGAGAUGAACGAGCACCGAGCGUAUUCGUGACGCGGAAACAGGUGUUCCUUCGUCCACAUACCGAAUCUCCGAUGUUCCACGUCGACGGGCUCUUCCGUUUUAUUUUCUUCUAUCGUCGGAGAUUCGUUCACGGUGUCCCGAUCGCGUUAGUUGUCGGAAUAAAUGGAAUCAAUGUAAAUACUGCAUUCUAAGUAUACAUUCAAUAAAACAUUAAUCGUAAAGCUA